AGGAGAGAAAGAUUCCUGAGAGUCUUCAAAGGUAGCAGUUCGAGAGAGAGAAUGUAUAUUUAAGCACAAAAGAGAUCCAAGAAGAAAAGCCGCGUCUCUCUUAACAGCUUUACGCUUCGAUCUUGUUUCCUAAAACCCUAAUCUCAUUUCAGAAAAAACCCUCUAGUUUCGCUCUGUUUCAACGACUCUGUUAUCGGAAUUCGUCUUGAAUUGGGAAUACGGGAUACUUUACGGUGGUUUUUCAUCAGAUUGGUUGAGAUCCGACCGUAUAUCAAGUCAAUAUCUUUCGGGUUUCAGAUUCUGUGUUGUAUGAUUUCCCGCCUGAAGAUCAGAUUUUUCAGGCGAAGAACAAGGGAUUCUCGUCGAAGACUUGGGUAAGUGUUUUGGUCGGAGCGUUCGUUGGAGUUUCUUUCUAUCGUAUUCGAGAGUUUUGUCGCCGAAAGUUCCUCGGUUCUGUAUGUGAUGAGUGAAGAUCACGGAGUAUUUUGGGGAUUAGGGAUUUCGACUUUCUGUCUGAUCCUUGACGACAUAGGAUCUUUAGGAUUUCGGAGUCCGUUGGUGUCUGGAUUUAGAAAUUGCUCUGGUUUAAAACCUAACAUAGUUGAUGCACUUGUGACGGUAAUUCUUCAUUUGAUUUUUUUUUUUCCUUAAUUAAUCCCCCCAACAUUUUCUUUCAGACUAUCGAAAUUCAAGUCUUUUGUUUAUAAGAGCUUCUUAGUGGCCGGAUUGCUCUUUCAGUGCAGCUUAUUUUAUCAUUCCGUUCAGUUCUCAUCUUUCUUUUAAAAAUUUGACGAAUUGGCUGGAAUUGAUUGUCAAAAUCUGCAAUUACUGAAGAGAAAAUGCAGUCCAGAACCCGAGUCUGUGAUGCCGAAAUCUACUCAUGCGGCUUUGAUCAAAUUCCGGAUUCUCUUGUCCUCAUCGUCCUCAACAAGCUCGCUGACAUUAGGUCUCUUGGCCGCUGCUCUGCAGUCUGCAGGCGGUUAAAUUCCCUUGUGCCCUUGGUUCAAGAUGUCUACAUCAAGAUUGACGAGGUUGUAACUAUCAAUGGAGACAAUGAUGAGAGCCCAUACUGCUCUUCCCAUAAACCCCGUAACUUCUUCUCCAACAUUCUCAAGUACAUGUUCUUUAGCCUCAUCAAGCCUUUUCACAAUAUGCGCAACAGCAACAACACGAACAAAACACUUCUUCCACAAGUAUCUCAAAGCACUCUUGAUCAAGUCCUAAAGAAUUUCCAUUACAUCCAGAACCUAUGGAUUGAAUUGCCAGGGGCAGAUGUUUGUACUGAAGAUGGAGUUGUUCUAAAAUGGAAAGCCGAGUUUGGAAGCACCCUACAAAACUGUGUUAUUUUAGGAGGUACCCAGAUAGAUUUGAAGCCAGUUGCAGAACAAGGAUUGCUUGAAGACAAUGGCAUACCCGAAUCAUUUUACACGAAUGGGGGUUUGAAAUUGCGUGUGGUGUGGACUAUUAGCUCAUUGAUUGCUGCUUCGACGAGGCAUUAUUUACUGGAACCGAUAAUAAGAGACCAUCCAACACUGAAGACUGUUGUUUUCACGGAUGCUGAUGGGCAGGGGACUCUGAGCAUGAGCGGCGAGCAAUUGAGGGAGUUCAAAGAGAAGCCUUUGGCUGCCUCAGCAUCCUCAAAACGGACCCAAGUUCCAGCUUCAAACAUGAAAUUGAGAUAUGCUCCAUAUUUGGAGCUCCCUGAAGGAAUUGGAAUGCAAGGUGCAACAUUAGUGGCCAUCAAGCCAUCGGGAGAAGGCAGCGGGACAAGCAAAAAGGAGGUGGAGGCAUUUGUUUCUGGAGCAUUUGACGGUCCAUUCAAAGCAGCUGUAAAGACAUUGGUGAAACGUAGAACAUACCUUUUGGAGAUGAAUGGAUUCUAGAUUCGUCUCACAUACUCCAUUCACAGUUUGGUUCUUAAUUUGUUUUAGGUAAAAUUAAGUCAGAAUCUUCAUCAAAUCCCAACCAUCUGUAAUUUUUUUUAUGGAAAAAGAAAGUCCAGUGAUUGUGUUCUGGAGAAGAGUUGUAUUUUCUGCCUUUUCGGGUGUGUCCCAGCUCCCUUCUGUAGUUCUAUACCCUCUCUGGCCUCUGCUGCUAUGUACAGUAAGAAUGGUUUGAUUGUAUUUGUUUAUAUAAUAUUUUAACAUGUAUGGAGUACUGUUGUGAGAAAAA